GGGCGGAUGUCCACCUCCCUUUUCCCCGGGUGUUGUCCGCCUCCCCGGCACACACUCACGGCUGCUUCCAUCUAUCCAUGCAGCUCACUUCAUUGUACUGACUGUGCUCAUCAAUUAGACAAGAAUUAAACCGUGUUAGAUGCAAUAAUUGUCUUUAAGCACUUCGGAGAGGAUUAUAAACCGCGGACUGAGCUGCAGAUAAGUUUUGAGUGCGGGGAAAGCGGAGAGGACCGACACACAGCCAUGCCCUCAGUGAUGGAGCGCUCGGGGGCCGGGGUCCUGUCCAGGAGCAGAGCCAAGACCGUAACCAACGGCAACAGCCAGCCACACUCUGAAGAAGAGAGCAGCGAUGAAGAGCAUGCCCAUGACAGUAUGAUCAGAGUGGGAGGAGACUACCAGGCUCAGAUCCCAGAGUUCAAACCAGAUAGUCCAACCCGCUACAAUGAGAAGGACCAGAGGAGCAUGUUGGUUUGGUGUCCCAACAGUCAGCUUUCUGAUGCAAUGUUGGAUGAGUACAUCCUGAUGGCUAAAGAGAAACAUGGAUACAACAUGGAGCAGGCUCUCGGCAUGUUGUUAUGGCACAAACACGAUGUGGAGCGCUCACUCGCCGACCUGGCCAAUUUUACCCCCUUCCCCGAUGAGUGGACAGUGGAGGACAAAGUGCUGUUCGAACAGGCCUUCAGCUUCCACGGCAAGAGCUUUCACCGCAUCCAGCAGAUGCUUCCAGACAAGCUGAUCUCCAGCCUGGUGAAGUACUACUACAGCUGGAAGAAGACCAGGACCAGGACCUCUGUCAUGGACCGACAGGCCAGGAGGCUGGUCAACAAGAGGGAGAAAGAUGACAGUAAUGAUGAUCUAGAGGAAGGUGACCCUGGCAGUGACAGUGACUUUGAGAUUGACGCCAAGAAAGAGGCAGUGAAACAGAACCCCAACAGCGCCAGCUCAGACAAGACCACCCCCAGCCGCUCUGGGCCAGUGAAGAAGGAAAACUUGGGGGCUCAGUACCGCCACCACCCGCUCAGAGCCCGCCGCAGGCCACCCAAAGGCAUGUACCUGGAGCAGGGAGACAUCACAUCCCUGUCGGCCUCCCACGAUGCCGGGGUGCUAACCGUACGGCAGCUGGAUACGCAGUUGGUGUCACUCAAGAGACAGGUUCAGUCCAUUAAACAGAACAACAGUAGUUUGAAACAGGGCAUAACUGAAGGUGUCAACUCUUUCAGACCUGCUGAGCCUGCCCCUAAGAUGAACUCUCGUUGGACCACAGAGGAGCAGCUCCUGGCUGUGCAAGCUAUCCGUCGCUAUGGUAAAGACUUCUCAGCCAUCGCAGAGGUGAUAGGGACCAAGACACCAGCUCAGGUGAGUUCGUUCUUCGUGAGCUACCGGCGUAGGUUCAACCUGGACGAGGUGCUGAGGGAGUGGGCGGCCGAGCAGGUGGCCACCAGCCGAGACCAGAGAGACUCCAGGAGGAGCGGCGAGGAGAUGGCAGCAGCUACGGAUGGAGCCGCCGAGGAGGACGAGGUCAAAAUGGAGGACUCUCCCUCAGACGCCGCCGGCGGCUCCUCUCCCCCCUCCUCCACCCAGACCCCCUCCUCCCUCUCCCAGCCGCCUCCACUGCUGCGCCCCGCGCCUCCGUCGGCUCCCCCCAGCCUCCUCCGCCAGCCUCCACCUCUGCAGACGCGCCCGCUCCAGAACCGAGCGCCCCACAACCACCCUCCGCCUCCGCUCAUCCGGCCCGCGGUGACCACCUCGUCCUCCUCCACCGGGAGCUCCAGCCUCAGGGCUUCUCCUCCCAGCUCCUCCUCCGCUGCAGGGCAGAUGCCUCCGUCGCUGGUCGGCCUCAAAGUGGAGCAGCCCAACUCGCACUGAUACACAUGCACACACACACACACACACACACACACACACACACACACACACACACAAGAUAAUAGGAAUAGAAACACACACACACACACAAACAAUAGGAAUAGAAACACACACAAAUUAGCAUGCAGACUUCACCCUGUAACUCCAUCGCUUCUAGCCUUUGUUUUCUGGGGACCAUCACACAUCACAUGACCACCUGAUCGAUUGAACACGCUCAGGUCCCUAAGGUGACACACAGCUCUUAAAAUGUGGCAGGAAGAGUGUGAGGACCCCCGCAGGUCUACUUUGUAAGGCAGUGGCCUGGAGCCCCUUUACUGUACUAACAAACACCUACCUCCAGACCAACGUUCCCGAGUGUAAACACACACACACACACACGCACACACUACAAACAAGCUAGGAACUCAAAACAAACACUACCUGCACAAACCUCCCUGAUGAAAACAAAAAAGAGACACUGGAUCAUCAAGCUGUUGAAGAAAGCCAUGACCACUCAGAGCAAAACCCACCUGCUUGUUUCCAUGGCAACUGCAGAACAUCUGGAUUGCGGAGGAGUGUGGUUGAACAUAAACAUACACACACACACACACACACACACACACACACAACAACAACACUAUAUAUAUAUAUUCUGUAGGUUCCACUGGGCAGGUAUCAAGUCAUCCAAACUACCUUCAGGAAAAUGAAAUGAGGGAAGGGAAAGGUGAGAGACGGAGGAAGAGUUGCCCACAUCUGAGUCAAACCUGAGAGGUCGCGUAGAUUAGAAAAUCAUUCAGAUAGAUUGGAGAAACAUGCCUUGUCCUAUUGAGCUUUGCUUUAAAACUUGGACCCUCUUAGAGGAGUCAAAGAAGGUACUUUUGCAAAGAAAGCGGGCUUUGUAACCGAAGCUGUGCUACGAGUUUAUCGUUCUGGCUCUUAACAGAUGAAGCCGUUUGUUUAAAAAUGGAAAAAAAACAAGAGCAAGAGAUCCCACCUCUCCCUCUUCUCUCAUAGCCAUGUAUUACUAGUAUUAACUGGAGUGAUGUUUUUUUUUUACUAGACUUUUAAAGUGAGCUCUAGGUAGGCAGUUAGUUAUUGUAAGUAGUUUAGAUAGUGAAUACUUUAUUAUAACGAUGAUUAUUGACUGAGCACUAAGGAGAAAAAGAGCCUUUUAAUACAUGUGACUGGACUGUGUCUCACGUUUCAAGAAGACAUUUGCCGUCAGUUUGUUUUUCACUGGCUCAGUGUUGAAGUCUCACUGCUUACUGUCCGUUACAUUUGAGGAAUAUUUUCAGUAGUCGACGGCGAACAGCGGAGCAGCCGAACGGAAAAUGUGUGUAGAGGUUUUUAAACCAGGUUUACAAAGUGAAGGGGACAGUGGAUCUCUCCUGACCUCCUCCAGACACUGAAUAAUAAAAUGUUCUGCCAAAGUCUGUUAUUGCUUUAAAAGCUCGUCGUCCCACGGAAUUUCAACGUCUCCAGUUAGCGGUUGAGCGUCUUAGAAGAAUCUGUUUAACAUUUUACAACUGUUGGUUUGUUUCCUACAUGUUAGACAGGAAAAGUGGCGAAACAAAAGGGGUUGAAGGAACAAUUAGACAUUUUGGGAAAUACACGUACGUAAGCUACUGCCAGCAGCCGGCUGAUUUAUCUUAGCACAAAGACUGGACUGUUUAAUCUGUGCAAAAACCUGUAACCUCUGUACGUUUUUGUGUUGUUGAUUUGCUAGACUGUUUCUUGGUCAGGACCAGUAACUACCUGGAGUUGGACAAGAAAUCUUCCAGGUCACAACCGCCCACUUAUGUGUAUUAAACAACAACAGAUACGGCUCGUCAGUCAGUGAUCUUUAGAGGUGCUGCUAUGUGCUACCUUUGCACUGAGCCAGGCUAGCUGUUUCCCUCUGUUCCCAGUCUUCAUGCUAAGCUAAGUUAGCCAGCUGUUGUCAGUAUCUUCACAUCAGACAAGAGAGUGGUUGAAAGUGUAUUUACCAAAAUAUCAAACUAUCAGCUUGCUUGAAAGAACUGAGUUCAGUAUUUUGUUAAGAAGCAGGUCAGAAUAAUUGAAGUGAAUUUAUAAAGAUGUGAUGACAACUGUCUGAAGCCCUGUGAGUUCAGUAAAGGCAGCUUUCUCUCUGGUAGUUCAAAGUCCUGUCCAGACACAGAAGGGGCUGUGGCAGGUCAAAGGACUGUCAGGAAAUGCUGCAUCUUGUUUCUCAUCCCUGCCACAGUGCAGUUCCCUGCCUCUGAGUUGUUCCUCUAGCUCGUGUUCAAGGAUAUCAGGCAACCUCAUGAACAAAUGUAGAUGACUGAAUGAUAUUCUGCUGUGGUUUCUUGUUUGUGAUUUUCUUUUGGGCAUCGUCUUGCGCCCGCCAUCCCCCCACCCCCUACCCCACCCCCACCUGCUGAAUCUCGUCCCUCUUCAUAGUCUAGCUGUCUGUGAGUCGCUGCCUUCUCAAGCAGGUCUGGGAUCACACGACAUGUAGAAACCUUCCUUUAAACUGUGUUCGGUGCUUCUCCACUAAUACAUUUCACACCACUUCCUUUUGUUAGCCGAGGCCUUCAGCGUUCCGUUUGACGCAGCACUGAGCGGGAAUCAAAGCGACCCAUCACUACGUUUGGCUUUAAAGUGGCUUGUCUUUUGACUUUGCGUGGACUUUUCUUACAUUUUGUUUCUUCCUCCAAAAAACUGCUUGUGUGUACUGUAUGUGAGAAGUUGUUUACAUUGUGGAAACUGAAUUGUUUGUGUUUGAGAAAUGUUUUUUUUUUUUUUUUAGAAUAAAGAAAUGACCAAAUUGUA